AUGGAUGAAGAAGGCAACUCAAACAGAGACGCCAACGCGCGAGAGACGCUCAAGUUCUGGCGAUCCUGGAGGACGGUGCACGAGAUGGUUCAGGACCGGGGAUACGAACUGACAGAGGAGGAAGUCAAGAUAUCUCUGGAUCAAUUCAAGGCCGAGUUCUGCACUACAGACGGUAGCGUAAUCCAAUCAAAGCUCAGUUUCUCCGCGCGGCCGAGCGACGCCAUGAUGAAGAAGUUCACCCCGCCCCCAACGCCCGCGAAUCCGGACCCGGCGCCAGAGUGCGGCAACAUCUGGGUGGAGUUCAUGUCGGACAACUCGAUCGGUGUCAAGGAGAUCAAGAAGUUCGUCCAGCACUGCGCAGGCUCCAACUUCAAGGCGGGCAUCAUGGUGACGGUCGGCGCGCUCAGCCCGCAGGCGCGCAAGGUCAUCAACGCCACGCAGCAGUACACACAGAUCGAGUGCUUCAUCCAGGAGGACCUGCUGGUCAACAUCACCCACCACGAGCUCGUGCCGACCCAUGUCCUGCUUAGCAAGGAGGAGAAGAUCGCGCUGCUCAAGCGCUACCGCCUCAAGGAGACGCAGCUGCCUCGUAUCCUGCAGAAGGACCCGGUCGCGAGAUACCUGGGCCUCAAGCGCGGCCAGGUUGUCAAGAUCAUCCGGAAGAGUGAGACGGCUGGCCGAUAUGCCAGCUACAGGCUGUGCGUCUGA